AUGCUCCGCGGUCUGCGCAGUCGCAUGAAGCGCGAGAACGAGCCUCGCGUUCUGAUCCUAGGGCUUGAUAACGCGGGCAAGACAACAAUUCUGAACAAGCUAGGUGUGGCUGAGAAGCACCCGGUAGAGGCACCUGAGGGGCCGACGCAGGGAUUCAACGUCAUAGAUGUGAACCGCGGCGGCAAGUGCGCCAAGCUCUGCGAUUUAGGUGGUCAGCGUGUCCUGCGCGAGUUCUGGGAAGACUAUUACGCGAACACGGACUGUAUCAUGUAUGUCGUCGACUCCUCCGACCAGCGGCGCCUGCACGAGGCGCAUGAAGUAUUUGUUGAUGUGGUGAAGGGUGUGCCGAGCGUGCCUGUCCUGGUGCUGGCAAACAAGCAAGACUUGGCCACCGCUAAAAAUCCGCAGAUGGUGGCCGAAGCGCUGGAGCUGAGCGACUACCGAGACCGCCGCUGGCACAUUCAAGGGUGUAGCGCGAAGUCUGGAGACGGUCUCGAGGAGGGCGUUGCGUGGAUCUUCGAGGCCUGCAAUGUCAAGUAG